CUUACCUCCCUUUGCAAGGAGGGUCCCUCCACCCGAUAAUGUGUGUCAUGUGUACACCCGGUAAAGAGGUGUAGAUGUCUGUAGCCAUUCCUGACCUCUGACUCCGGCCUAUUGUUGUACACGUGUAACAUAUACGGCGGCACUGAUGUGAAUACAUAUUAUUGUUACAUGCGUGGUUGGAAUAUCGAAAAAGGGGCGUGGCGUAGCGACAACUCACUGCAACCAACAAGGUCGGAAGCCCUACAACAGGUAGCACACCCCUGACUGUGAUACGUAGAUGUCUGAGACCUCUGAGCCAACUCCAGAUGGCAGCACUAGCGCGGAUGAUGGCAGUUCCAGCAACACCACGGCAACAUCGACAACAUCCCCUACACUGAAGUCUUCCAUCAGUACGACGUCAGGUUAUCCACCCGGAACCGGGAUGAAUGCAGGGACCGGCGUGGGCGUGGCUAUAGGAGUUGGGCUGCUGUUAAUUGGAUGUGUGCUUGUCUUAUAUUACCUACAUAGAACAGGGAGGUUGAAAUGGUUCACCGCCAGGGGUCGCCCUCGAAGGUCAUCAACUUCCAGCAGCCGUCGCCCGCUCGAACCAGACGACACGGAAUCGGUGGACGCCAUGCCUCGCGUCACAGACGGUGACAUGUUCGCCAUCGCAGACGACCACGACCACGAUCACGACCGUGAACAAGCGGAAGACGGUUACUUCUACGACGAGGUGUUUGGAAGUUCGGCAUUUGAGGACGAAACCACGAAGGCAUCCAACAAAGAACUGUUCAGCGUGUCAUCUGACGAGGUUCCUGACUUACUGCUGAGGGUGGACCCCAUCAACUUUAAAUAAAGAUUCCAAUAGGAGCCACAUUCAUGGUUAAUGAGAUCCUUGGGGUCGUGCGAUCUUUGUUCAAUAACCACCACGCCCACUCAUUAAGGAGCGGAACUCCACAACAGCAGGAUUGUGAGUGGUUGCCCCUGGGUCCCUGGGUCAAGGAGGGCUACCACGUGCUAAUUAGUUGUCCCAGCACCCGUGAACCAGCCGCUGAAGUAUUUCCUCUGUCUGUUUUAUGUCGGUCAAUCUAGUUGCAAAUAGUCAUACUAAUUAUGAACGGACAUUGUCUCACAUCCCCACAAGGCGCUCAGUGGACGCCAUAUUAUUUCCUGUAAAGACAUGUCAGGAGUAACAGAACAAUGUCGAGGAAGAUCACCAAUUACACCGGGAUCCAUGUUGUUUUCCUUUCUGGGAACCUGACUGUGAUGACUUGCACCUGUGUUGGCCCGGGCAUCUUGUGAUAUAUCUAUGGACGAUGUGCCUGCAUUGUGAGUCGAAGACAUGUCAUGUUAUUAAUGAUUUAACCUUUGUUUGUACAGUAUGCAUAUGCAAUUCAGACUUCGUGAAGUUUAGCAUAAAGACAUGUUUUGGUUUUUUUCUCCAAAAUUAACGAUAAUAAUACAAUGUAAUUGAAUAUGCUACAAACUAUUUCAACUCCAUAAGUUAGAUAUUUAAUUAUGUCUGAGAGAUACCUUCGUAUGCUAGGCUCAUUAGCACGUUAUAUAAUAUUAAAAAAUUGAACAUCGAAUAAAUUCAUGAGCUGAAAUAACUUACCUAGUGGCCAUCAGUAGGUACGUAAAUGUGUAGGAAACGCAGUGCAAUACAUUUUUUUUGUUGUGCAAAACCUGACCAAACUGCCAACUUAAAAACCGACGUAACAUGUGCCCAAUAAGGGCCUGAUUUCAUUUAAUGGAACAAUUCGAAAUAGGUUUUGGUUUAUCGCAGUUGGACUUUAUCAGUAGACUUGAUGCAAAUAUGCCUACAUGGAUUUAGAUUUAUUUGUGUUCUAUAUCGUGUGUCUUCCAUAAUGGUAGGGCAAAAACAGUUUUAUGAAGAUGACUUAUGUAACAUGUCCUUUCCGUAUAAUCAACAUCUUUCAAUACCACAUUUCCUGUGCGAACUAGUUGUGUUAUUGUUUCCAUGACAAUACUCGUAUCACAUUGUCCUGAGGUACCGCCUGCGGGUCUCAGGGUGUUCCCUCUGGGGCUGGCUGAAGACGUCCUGUGUCACGUUUCUAAAGUCUGCCGACUGUUUAUUCCAAAUUUUAUAUGGCAUAUUUUGUUGUAAUUAUUUCAAGAAUAUGUAUAUGCAUGUCAUCAGAUACGGAUCAAAUGUGUUUUUAAGGUGUGACUGUAUUUUCUGAAUGGGAAACAUGAUGCCAACACAACGCGUGAUCUCAGCAAAAUUCAUCUUUGUGUAUAUUUCAUCAUACCCGGAUGUACCAUUCUCCAAUACACUUGUACGCCAGCGACACGAAAAUAAUAUAUAUACAUAUAUAUAUGAAGCGUUUAUGUUGAUAUGAACAUCUUGAUAUGUUGCAAUGGUCUUGUGUGGUAGAUUAUUAGGGAAUGACCUUGAGCGACCUAUCUGUCCCGAGAUGAUUAAUAUUGUUAGAAUGUGAGGUCUAAAGGGGGACUUUAGAUUUUUUUCAUGCUGGUCAGAUUAUCGGUGAUGCUGUGUUCAUGAGAAAAUGAAGAAAAUUGUGGAUUUCCAAAUCACAAUUUGAAACUUUAAUAUAUUGUUAAAACAUUGUCAGAACUUACAACCGUCAGAAUAAUGUCUGAUCUCCAAACGUUUGAGACAACGCGGUAAUAUGACGUUACGUUGCUUCACCCGCGUCUGAUAACAAUCUGAAGAUAGUCGUUAAUGAGCCAAGCAGCCUGAAGACCUCAGUAAGAUGUGAAAGUAUCUGCACUGUUUCCUGUUUUUGACCGUUAGAUAUACCAUGUCAUCCAUAUACAUGUACGCCCAUAUACUCAUGUCUUCUCAUAUACUCCCAACUUACAGUUCUCAUUGUCUUACUGCCUGGUUGAAACAGAGCAUGUACCGUAACACGAACAGUUUACAGUAUGGAAUUGUACUCGCUACGUAAUCUGGACUAGAAACACGAUAACCAUAUGCUGUAUCUGUUAUAACUAGAAAAGGUUCAAUCUAUAAAAUACACAAUCCCUAAAGGCACCUCAUGCCCCUCACAGCGAUAGCCCGUUAGCGGAGCUCUCGAAACUAUCGCUGCCACCAGUCAAAGCUCCCACUGUGAUAGGUGGCCACAACCAUGCUUGGAGUUGAACUCGCUGCUGACUGACCGUUAUGUUUACAAACAAGUGAUGACUGCCGUGACGCCGAAUACUCUUACCCCAGCUUACAUAUUUUCUUUGUUUGUCAAUUUGAAUUUCCGUUUCAUUACAGCUAUCAUGUAAUUAAAUGUAAGAAUGUAACGGGGAAGUUUGGUGAUUUUCCGUUCGUCUGCAAUCUCGAACCAAUCCGAUCAUACAAACAAAAUGUUAAACUCAUCUGGGAUAUAUGUUCAGUCAUUAACAUUUUCAAAAUUCACUAUGAGAGCAUUCCCGAUAGUAUAAACAUUACUACAUUUUAGGUUAGAGGGCAAAUUUCAAGAUUGUUGUAAUGGCCGCGCCAACACUGGUGGCAGCGAUGUUACGAGGGUGUCACGAAGGUGUCACGCGCUGGGGAGGAGCUUGUAGGCAUCAGUGUAAAGGGGCAUAACUCUGAUUCUUAAAUGGAUAAACUGGGGCAUAUCGGCUGAGGCUUCACGUGUCAACCUGUAGUGUUCGGGGACAGCGGAUGACUGUCGCUGUCGCCGUGGAGGAGUUUGUGUCGUCACAGUCUGCUGUUAGCCUGGUCAAGUGUCUCGUUAUCCAUGGUAGCAAUAAUUGCAGAAGAAACCGUUAACUUGUUUGAUGUGAAACAGGUUCAAACCUCUUUUUAUCUUUUUUAGUCAUGCUUUUUUACAAAUAUAUAUUUCCUUACGUUACAUUAUAUUGUACAAACUGUCACAACGAAGGGUAAGUCGGACACAGUGAUGUGGUGUGAUUGUUCAGAUAGUAGAACCAUGUCCAUCUAAUCAUCAGAGGGUUGUACGUGACAUCCUGUGUCUGGAACAUAUGUUAUGAUUAUCUGAUUUAACCAAAGAAUGAGACAGUUGUGUGAUUGUCCUACCAUUGACAAAAAAUGCCUAUUUUCAUAAAUACCUAGUACCAUGGGAGAUAUUUCUUUGUAAGAUUGUAAUAAUCUUUAUAGAGAUGUUUUACUAUGUAGGGGUAAAUGUAUAGAACAUAUUGUUAACGAUUGUUGGGUAGGACGCGGAGUCAGCAAUUCAACGCUGAGAGAGGUACUCAAGGGAAACUGUUCUCAAUGCUGGCAGCACCAAGGGAGACUACUCACAAUGGUGGCAGCACCAAGGGAGACUACUCCCAAUGCUGCAGCACUGGGGUGCCAUCGUACCUUGGUUGGAUCAACGUCCGUAUCAUCAUCCACUUCAACGUCAGCUACGAUUCACAUGAUAGGCCUUGUUCAUGCACGGUGGUAUUGUGGAUACUGUAAUACACCGACCAGACCGCUCCGCCAUGGAUGUCCAAGUGUAACAUGACCAGUGACAUGUGGUAUUGGCAGGGCGGUCUAGAGUGCAUGCAGACUAUGAUGUAGUGUAACAAGUCUUUAUCUGAAUCGUCUAAGUUAACACCGGGUGUUGACUGACUGGUGCUGAGCAUCAUUGUCCCAGGGAAAUGGAGAAUGUAUAAACCGUCAACCGUACAUGUAUUUUUUUACCAGUGUGAGAACACAAAGUGUCAUCAGUUUCAAAAUGUGUGGAUGUUGGUCCAUGUGAGUACUGGCGUACGAGAUCACAUGUAAAAUUAUUUGUACGCAACGAAUGAAAUAUGAAUAAAAUAUUUUAUGUC